AUGACACGGACCGAUUUCGAAUCGAAAACGGCCGCGAUACAUGCCGAAACGUCUGCGCAAGCAUCGUACAACUUAAAGGAAAUCAAAGACGACGCUCUAUGGCUCAGCCAGAAAGCUGGCAUCGACGAGACCAGUGCACUUCGAAUCGCAGUCCUGGAAUGGCAAAACCGCCCUGCUACGCGAUUACUUUCGGGGUUUGCGGAGGAGGAAACCUCAAGCUUGCAAGGCGCGACGGGCGCCGAAAACUUUCGCGUGUCGCUGGCGGGGCCCAGUUUCGCUGAGGUUUUAAACCCAAAUGCUGGUUCUAAGAAUGACGCCUCCCUUUUCGAGUCGACCGAGAACCGCCGCUUACGACUGAGCAAUAUUUAUCUACUGGAAAGGGGCCAUAUCGUCAAAACUGCCAGAAAACUUCUCGCCAUUCUGCUAAACGACAAAACCAAUGGCAUGUUUACAGAGCAAGCUCAGGACGAGCGGAGUGCUCAGUUAUGCCAACUGGCAGAGACUGUUUUCGAAAGCAAACUCUCCGGAGAAGGUUGGCGUACUUUUGUUCAGGCAUGCAUCAAGGCCAUCCGAGAUCGACUUACUGCUCUAGAGGGUGAUGGCGGUUGGUUGGGACUUGCUGAGAGCAACGAAGCUACAGAAGACAUGUGGAGGACAACCCUUGUUGAAGAAACGCUGCAUAUCCUGCAGAUCUUGUUCCUGCUGCUGCAGUCAUCCACCGAAAUCCCUGCGGGAGAGCUUCAGGUGUCUUGGCUUCAACUAAUGAAGGAUUAUAGCUUUUUGGAGCCUCUUCAAGUCGUAAGUUUUGCUCCCCAAGUUUCUCUUCACCCUGCCAUAGGCUGA